UUGUUGGACGAAGGUGCCGACAUCAGUGGCAGCGAGGGAGCGGCGUUUGGGCAAUGCUCUCUGUAUUUAGCAGCACGCAACGGCCACGUCGAGGUGUUCAAGCUGGUGGCCAUGCACGAUGCAAGCCUGGUGAAGGCGCGCGACGUGGAUAACAAUUCGGUACUGAACGUGGCGGCACAGAGGGGAAAUGCCGACAUGGUCAAACUGCUGCUGGAGAAGGGGGCCGAGGUCAACGCUGACGACGGGAUAGCCAUCAGCAGUGCGUGUAGCAUAGGAGCGCACGCCACGGUACGCGUGCUCCUCGAUCACGGGGCG